GCACAUUGAACAAAUCCAAACAGUCCAGCAGUCAACUCAAUAAGGCAACAGCUGGCGCCCUCUCGCCGUCAUCAAUCCAAAGCCACUGGUUAUUCUUGUGCUGCAGAAGCGUUGGAUUUGGCGGUGCAAUUCGGAUAAACUUUUUCCUUUCUUGUUUCUAUCUUUAGUUCUUGGCUAAAUCCUUUUCGACGAGAAACACGUUAUUGGGUGACGACGACUCCAACAAAGAUUGAGAUAGAAUCAAGCUUCCCCCGCGAGCUAGAUAAGCGGAAUUUUAACAUUUCAUGUUUCCUUCCUUCCUUCCUUCUCGUGAGAUACUCUGUACAUACCCUUUUGAUAUCUAUCUGUGUUUGAUUUCUUGGAUACCCUCUUUUUUCAAUCUUUUUUUUUUCCUUGUUUUUCGUUUUCCCCCUUUUGUUCUGCUGUUGUGUGAUUAUUGUUUGUGAGGUUGAGUAGUUAUGGCUUUGGUUGAGGCGUUCUUGGAGAUUCUGAAGAGGCCCACAAUUUGGGGGAUGAUAAUAGGGAUGAUACAGUUUCUGGGACCUGUUUGGAUUGCUUUUCUGGUGGGUAUAAUGGUGGGAUGGGUUUGGAAACCUAGGUGGGCUAGCUUAGGGAAUUGUAAAUUUGAAUUUUCAGCACCUUCUUCACCUGCUGCUGUGAUUCCUUCUCCCGUUCAAGGAUUUGGUUCGACCCAGAGCUUGGAUUCUUGCAAGGCCAAGGUUGCAAAUUUUGGUUCUUAUGCGUCGGAUAAUGGAAUGGGGAAGGAACAAAUUGCUUCGCAGGCAGUUGAUGACCCCGUUUGCAGUUCAUCAGAAUUAGGAAAGGAAGACAGUGUGCUUAUUACAUACGAGGAUUUAGAACAUCUAUGCCAUCUGGUUGAGAGGAAAGAUGCAGGCCCCCCAUGGAAGCAUGUGAUGGAUCGUUCAACCCAAAAUAUGAGAUACCAGGCAUGGCAGAGAGAACCUGAGACUGGUCCUCCUCAGUAUUGCAGCAGAACUGUUUAUGAGGAUGCAACUCCUGAAUUAUUAAGGGACUUUUUCUGGGAUGAUGAAUUCCGACUGAGGUGGGAUGAUAUGCUUGUACAUGCUUCAAUUUUGGAAGAAUGCCCCACAACAGGAACGAUGAUGGUUCAUUGGAUACGGAAGUUCCCAUUUUUCUGUAGUGACAGGGAAUACAUUAUAGGCCGUCGAAUAUGGGAGUCAGGAAGAUCGUAUUACUGUGUCACUAAGGGGGUUCCCUGUCUUUCUGUUCCGAGGAGGGACAAACCGAGACGGGUUGAUCUUUACUACUCGAGUUGGUACAUCCAAGCAGUGGAGUCAAGAAAAGGAAAUGGGCAGUUGUCUGCUUGUGAGGUGAUACUCUUCCACCAUGAAGACAUGGGCAUCCCAUGGGAAAUUGCAAAAUUUGGGGUGCGUCAGGGUAUGUGGGGAGCGGUGAAAAAUAUCGAGCGUGGUUUCCGUGCUUACCAAAAGCAUAGAUUAUCUGGAGCACCCAUCUCCCGUCAUGCAUUUAUGGCUCAAGUUAACACAAAACUUGACCCGGACUACAUGAAGAUUUUGGAAGGUGAAGGAGAUUCAUCAGAAACACAAUCACAAGACUUGGCUGAUGAGAAACCAAAGCGUGUGAACAUACCCAAGCUCCUAAUAAUUGGUGGGGCUGUUGCCGUUGCCUGUAGUCUCGACCGAGGACUCUUGACUAAGACACUCAUAUUCGGUGUCGCAAGAAGGUUUGGAAACAUUGGUAGGAGAGCAUGUCCGGCGGCAAACUGACAAUAUUUAUUUACAAUUUUCAUUUCUUCUUUUCUUGGUUGACCAAUUAGUUUAGAAUUUUCACACGCUUCCUAAGGAGCUGAUGUUUCUUUCGCUGCUGAGGAGCAAUACACAGUGGCAAAACAAUGUUAUAGAAGAGUUGUAAGUUUACAGAUACAUUAUAUACUUGAUCCUACAUGUACAACUCUUUUGUCUAUACAAGUUUGAGUUCUCUAUAAGUAGUUUUCGGCCCCCGGUGAUCUGUUCUCUCUGUUGAAUGGAACCGCUCAUGGCAUAAGCCGUGAUGGCUGGCUGAAAACUGCUGAGAGGCGGCCGGGUAAGUAUUUAUGGUUCUACUUGUGGAGUCGAAGAUGUUAUGUUAUAAAUCGUAAUUCACAAUUUACCCGCAUAUGAUAUAUGAAAUCAUUUGACA